AUGUCAAAGCGGCCUACGCAACCCCCACCCACAAAAGAUUGUCCAACCUGCCAAAGGCGGCGCAUAAAAUGCGAUCGCAGCUUACCGGGUUGUACAAAAUGUGGGAAGCGCAAUCUUGAGUGUCCGGGCUACGGCCUGCAGCUGAAAUGGGGCCAAGGUGUCGCGAGUCGUGGUAGAUUGCAGGGACAAAUGAUCCCAGUGCGUGAAGGCCCCGAGGCAUCUUCUAAUCAGUUUUCGGUUGUCAGUACUGCAGGCAGUGGUGGCACACCGGUUGAGCUGAUUCGGUCUGGUGAGAUGAAUUUCUUGAGGACUCAGCCUCUUUCGCCGGUAAGUCUGAUGGGUUCGCCGUCUAUUGAUCUUAGUCUGUCGGGUCCCCGGCCUCCACAUGCUUCACGACUGCUUGCGUGGUUCAAGGAACGGGUUGCGCAUCGACUGGCUUGGAUCGAUGGACCGGAGAACCCCUGGAGACAAAUUAUUUUACCUCUGGCCGAGAACUCAGAGACGGUGCUUUCAUCUGUCCUUGCUCUUGCUGCGCAUGACUUAGCUUCUCAGUAUCCUGCAGAAGAUCCUUGGUUCGUCAGGUUCCAGGAUAUCUCAAAUGCAUACCAGAACAAAGCCCUUGCGCGUCUUGCCAAGGAACUGAGCGACUUGACGGCCUCGCCUCCGUCGCAAUCCAGCCCGGACGCGUCCAUGACAUUGGCUUCAGUGCUCAUCCUAUGCAACAAUCAACUUCUUUCGGCCCAGUCGUCAGGAUGGAAGAUUCAUCUCCUCGCUGCACGUGAGCUGAUCCUUGUCGGAGAAAGUCAAUCCUACCUCCACCAGCAACUCCUCCGCAUCCAAGAAUUCCUUCUUCAAGAGUUUUACUCCACCUCCGUUUGGACUCAUCUAACCGCCUUCGACGACAUGAACGUAAUCAGUAACCUUAGCACCGCACCCACAAGCACCGAAGACGCCGCAGUCGCAGACUUUAUCCGCAUCAUCCACCAAAUCACCCAACUGGAGCGCCUCCAAACCCGCUCCCAGACUCUGCUCCCUUACUCUCAAAUCGAAGACAUCCACUCCCAGAUCGAGUCCGCACGCAUUAAGAGCUUCCGCCUUAGCCAAAAAGUCAACUUCUGGUCCGAGUCCGAUCGCGCAGACUUCGAACUUGUCGUCUGGAUGUUCUACCACGCAAACCUGAUCUACAGCGCCCAGGCUUUCCCGCAGAUCCGUGGUACGGUCAUCGACGUGGAACAUGCGCGUGAUCAGAUCUUGAGCCAUGUGCGCCGUCUUUCCGAGACGAGGAACGGCAUGUGGGCCCAGGACUUUGUGUGGCCGCUUUUUAUUGCGGGGACGGAGGUGAGGGGUGAUCGGCCGAGUCAGAAGUUUGUGGAGAGUGCUUUCAAAGAUGUGAUGCGACUCAGUCGGACAUUGGAUCGCGCGAGGGUUCUGGAGUUUUUGGAGACUUGGUGGAAUUUACCGGAUCAGCGGCUUGCUUCUUGGAUCGACUUGGCAAGGGAACGGCCCAAUGACUUCAACUUUCUGCUUCUGUGA